UCUAGUGUGGUGAACUGAUUCAACUUCUGCAGAGGGGAGGGUGCUGGGGGCACCUUCCAUGCUCCGGGGCCACCUGAGGAGGCUGCGGUCGCCGGACGAGGCUCUGCUGGGCUCCCAGUGCAUCACCCUUGGUGGGUGAGGUAAGUGGCCCAGAGAGGGCAGAGCAUCCUUACCUGACCUCAGCCCACCAGCCGGGACCUCUGCCCGUCCUGACAGGGCAGAAGGACAGGUCGGGCCAGAAGGACCAAAGGUCAGCGUCACAUCACUGAGCAAAACUGCCUGAUGGGCCCUGGCUGCCUUCACUGGUUCAGACCUCGUGGCGUACAUAACCUUUGGAGCCCUCUGGAAGCCCUGGUGAUCAUUCAUUCUCCCCUACAUGGCUGCACUAACUGGUAGCCCCCUAACAGGACCACACCUUGCCCUCCACAAUCACAGCUGGGACCUCUAUGACAUGGCUUCCAGCACGGCUGGUCCAAACAGGCUCAUCCACCAUGCCAACUCCUGCCUUCCUCACCACCUACCCCGGGCGGCCAGCGUGACGCUCUCUCUGUUCUACAUGGCCCUGUUGGUCUUCAGCGCUCUGGGAAAUAUCCUUGCCCUUUUCCUUGUCUAUCAAAAGGGCAAGAAGAUCAACUCAACAGGUGUCUACCUGGUCCACUUGGCAGCGUCCGACCUCCUCUUCACCCUGGUCCUGCCCGGAAAGAUCACCUAUUACACACUGGACUUCAACUGGCCUUUCGGUGAAGGGCUCUGCAGGCUGAUGGCAUUCAUGUUCUAUGUGAACACCCACUCGGGCAUCUACCUGAUGACGUGCGUGAGCGUAGACCGUUACCUGGCUGUGGUCCGCACCCACCAGUGGCCCCAGCUCCGCGAGGCCGGGAGGGCCAGGCUGGUCUGUGUGGCUGUCUGGGCCCUGGCAUCUCUGCAGACGGUGCCCCUGCUCUUGAUCCCUUUGACCAAGCUGGUGGCCGGCAGGCUGACCUGCAUGGAGUACGACAGUGUGGAGCCGGUGCUCAGGCUGCCCGUCAUGAUCCUGCUGAUCUCUGCCCUGAGCUUCUGCGGGCCGGUGGGCAUCAUUCUCUUCUGCUACGUGAAGAUCACCCUGAAGUUGUGCAGGGAAGCCCGAGACAACCCUCUGACGAGCGGGAAGGGGCACCACCGCAGGGCCUGCCUGCUCACCCUGGUGGUGCUGGUGGCUGUGGUUGCGUGUUUCAUCCCCUACCACCUCAACGUCAUCCAGUUCAUGGUGAGACGGAUGCUCCGCCCGCCAACCUGCCCCGAGCAGAGGGCUUUCAAACUGUCCCUUCAGCUCACCGUGUGCCUCAUGAACAUGAACUGCAGCAUUGACCCCAUCAUCUACUUCUUUGCGUCUACACGUUACAGAAAUUGGCUCCUCGGCGUUUUGAAACGCAAAGCAUCAGCAUCCUCCUCCUCUUCCUGCCCGGGAAGAGCUUCCUCAGAAACACAAAGUAUCAACCAGACUGGAGGCUCUGCACCCUUAGAGGAGAAUGAGGUCUGACGGAUCAUGCGCUUUAAGACUGAGUCUCGGUUGGGGGCCUAAAGUUAAUACAGUUUGGGGAGUGGUUUCUUUAGGAAAAAGAAUACAAAACAAUAGAUGCAAAAUUAGGUGUGGGGUCUUGGAUGGUGAGUGAGGAGCCCUAAGGUUUGUGUUGGCUUCAAGGUGAAUCCACCUUUAAUGUAUCCUAGUAAACACCACUGCAUCCUUGGCCUCCGGUCUUCCAUUUCUUCCCGGAAAAAGAGUAUUUUCACAGCAAAUGCAGACAAGACCAAAAGAAUCGUUGGCUGAGUCCUAGACCCACCAUUUAGACAAGGUUUCCAAUUUGGGGAGGCAAAUUGUUGCAAAGAGCAAAAGUACCCCUCCCCCAAAACAAACUUUCUAAAAGUUGAGAGUUAACAUUUACAAAAACGCCAAGGCUUUCCUAAGAAAGUAAAAAAAAAAUGCAGGGAGGAUGCUCUCCAAGCUAUUGUUCUGGCCGCCUCUUCUGUCGGGGAGUGGGAGUGAGGGACUGGUUAUUUAGUUUCUAGGAAGAGUCUGAGUGGUGCAGGGAGGACGCGUGGCCGUAUGACGUGUGUAAGUGUGCUGAAACCCUUCCCUGCACCCUUCCCCGGCCACUCUCAUGGGAGCCCGCAGUCUGUGUCCACACUGGGCCGGGUGGAAAGCUCGCACCCCUACCCUGCCCGCACUAACCCAGCCCUUAUCAGAGCACACAGGGGUGGUGGGAAGGGACCUGGCCAGUCCACAGUGUGCAGGGGCUCGAGGACCAGCGCUGCCCUCACCACCAGAGGCCUCCUCCUGGGGAGGGGCCAGGGCUGCUGACCUAACUCCGGACGUUAUACAGUCUACUUGACCGUCCUCACAGGCGGUUCUCAUCACCUACCUGUCUGCCUUGCACGCCAGGCUCCUCGGAUCCAAAGCUGCUUGGGGCUGGUUUGUGCUGAGCACUUGGAAGUAGGAAGGAGGAAGUCGCAUCUGGAGGGCAUCUGGGAACAAAACAGCACCAGGAAAGAGGACGAGAUCAGGAGCUCCAGCAGGAAGCAGCAACAAUGGGUGGGCGAGAGCACAGAGCCGAGGGCCCUCUGGUUUCCUGCACGCAGCUGCAGGAGGAGGGGAAUGGCUCUCUCUCCAGGCUAGGUGACGAUGGGUGUGAUUUACAAACAGGAAAACCUGAGUUCUGAGGCUGAACCAGCCGGGGAUGCCCCAGGCUCUGAGCAUGGACUCCUGAGCUCAGGAGGUCAGCAGGGGAAGCGUCCUGCUGAAGAUUCAUGUCCACGCCUGAGCCUCAUUGUCCUUGUCUGUAAAAACAGAGACUAUAAUAUCUACCACAUGGGGUUACUGUGUUGCGGGGGGUGGGGGGUGGUCCAUGAAUCAACACAUGUGUAAAUCAUUUAAAAC